AACGUUGUCAACAACUGGUCCGGAGAGGAGGAAAAGUGUCAUUUAUCCAGCUGUAGUUAGCCUAACACGUUGGACUGAGAUUUGUUUUAUGUUUUUUUUUUUAUAAUUAACUAUAAAGAAACAUUUACUGUGUUUAUCUGUUUUUUUAAAAGCCAAUCAUGAGGGGUAAAGUUGUGAGCAGCUAACAUUAGCCCUCUGAAUGCUUUUCAGCCUGUUACAGUGGGGGGAGGCUGCUGAUAACAACUGUGAGCUUGCGGUGGGUUGUGGCCCUCCAUAAAACAUCGCCUCGGUCGGACGUCCUUGAACGUUCAGUUCUUCUAGUUCCGUCUGGACAGGAGGGAGUCUUUUGAAAUAAAUCACUAUGGAUCUGUUUGACAGUAACACUGCAGAGCGAACUAACCUGCCGAGGAACAUGAUCGAGAACAGCAUGUUCGAAGAAGAGCCUGAUGUGGUGGAUUUAGCCAAAGACUCCAACACAUUUCCAGCAUUUUCCACUCUCGACCCUGAUGAGGUGGCAUAUGAGCCUCGCAGCUCACGGUUGCUGGUGCGUGGCCUGGGAGAAAACGACAUGGAUGAUGAUGAAGAGGACUGCGAGUCUUCUGCACGUCUCCUAGGAAUGUCUUUUAUGAACCGCAGCUCUGCUCACAGAUCUAACUCCUCCCCUUACAUCAGGCAGUCUCCACCGAGGACAUGUUCACGACCUUCAGCUUGCACCAUGGUUGCAUGUGUGUUAGUCCUGGUGAUAGUAGCUUCACUGGUCAUGGUGAUGUACCUCUUACCUGGCUGUACCUUUACCAGGGCUGGCUGUCCUAAGUCAAAUAAGACUGCACCUCUUGAGCCAGUCUACCCUAAUUCCACAAACGGUGAACUGUUUCCAUGGGCCGAACUCCGACUGCCGCACAGCAUCCAACCACUCAGCUAUGAGCUCACCUUGACCCCCGACCUCGACAACAUGACCUUUACUGGCAGAACUGUAAUCAAAAUGUCUGUGCUUCAUAGCACAAAGCGAAUUGUGCUCCAUGCUGCCAAUCUCAACAUUACCAAAGCUAUGUUUAAGCUGGGGGAUGGGCAGGCCCAUGAUGUGACUGUGCUGGAGUACAAACCCCGACAGCAGAUUGCUGUUAAGUUCCCAGAGGAGCUGAAAACAGGCCAACAGUGUGUUUUAAUCUUUGAUUACUCUGCUAAUCUUUCACACACCUAUGAUGGUUUCUACAACAGCUCGUACACUGAUAAAGAUGGAAACAAAAGAGUCCUUGCUGCAACACAGUUUGAGCCGCUGUCAGCCAGAAAGGCCUUCCCUUGUUUUGAUGAGCCAUUUUUCAAAGCCACUUUCCUGAUAAGAAUCAACAGAAAUCCAAGCUAUAUGACUCUUUCAAACAUGCCUCAGGCCAAAACCACACCUAUUUCCAACGUCCUUAUGCAGGAUGAGUUUGAGAAGACCAAUGUCAACAUGAGCACAUAUCUGGUGGCCUUCAUUGUUGGUAACUUCACUUCUGUCAGCACCAAUGCCAAAGGAACAAAUGUCUCUGUAUAUUCUAUACCAGAGAAGAAAGAACAGACGGGCUUUGCUUUGGCCACAGCUUCCAAACUGCUGCAGUUUUACAAUGAAUUCUUUGAGAUUGAAUACCCCCUGAAGAAACUAGAUUUGGUGGCCAUUCCUGACUUCCUGGCAGGAGCCAUGGAGAACUGGGGGCUUAUUACUUUUCGGGAGACCACCUUAUUGCUGGACAGCAAUUCUUCCCAUCUCGAAAAACAAGUAGUAGCUUCUGUAAUAGCUCAUGAGCUCGCUCAUCAGUGGUUUGGAAACCUGGUAACCAUGAGCUGGUGGAAUGACCUCUGGCUCAACGAAGGCUUCGCCACCUACAUGGAGUACAUGUCACUGCAGGAAAUAUUGCCUAAUCUUGACACUGGUAAUUUAUUCCUGUCUGUGCGGUUCAGAGCCAUGGACAAAGAUGCACUAAACUCCUCCCACCCCGUGUCGACAGAGGUUAAUACACCUGAACAAGUUGAAGAAAUGUUUGACUCUGUCUCGUAUGAAAAGGGUGCAUCGAUUCUCCUGAUGCUGAAUGCGUCCUUGCCAAAGGAGCAGCAGUUCAAAAAAGGCAUUAUUCAGUAUUUGAACACAUAUAGUGGAUCAAAUACAGAGACUGAGAACCUCUGGAACAGCCUUACACAGGUUUCCACACCACCUCAAAAUAUUUCCGAGAUGAUGAGUUCAUGGACAUCACAGAAAGGCUUCCCAUUGGUCACUGUGAGUCGCAAAGGAGAUCAGGUGACCAUCUCUCAGGAACCCUUCCUGCUCACGUCUGACAACACCACACAAAAAUCCAGACUGUGGAAUAUUCCCAUCACAUACGUGAACGACAGCUGUAGUUUGGCCCUCGAAUGCAGACAGAUGUACACUCUGAAGUACAAGACAGAAAAUCUCAAGGUGCCAGAAAGUGUAAAGUGGCUAAAAUUAAACUACAAGAAUACUGGCUUCUACAUUGUUGACUAUGGAAAUGACGGUUGGAAUGCUCUUAUUGAGGCUUUGUCCAAAAACAUCAGUGUUCUCACACCUGAAGACCGGGCCUCGCUCAUAUAUAACAUCUUUGCUCUCUCCAGACUCGGACGUGUACCUUUUCAACAAGUCCUCCACCUGUUGAACUCCAUGUCUGGUGAAACAGAGCCUUCUCCUGUGACAGAAGCUCUUCUGCAGCUCAACAGUAUCUACAGACUGCUGGAUAAAAGACAGGAGUCUGGCUUGGCAGCUCGAAUGAAGGCUUACAUUCUGAAUCAUUUUGGUUCUCUGAUGAAAAAUCAAUCCUGGGGAGAGGAACAGAGUCUAUCAAAACAGGAACUGCGCUCAGCCCUCGUCUCGACAGCCUGUAUCCUGAAUGAAGAAAGCUGCACUGACCAAGCCAAAUCUCUGUUCAAAAAGUACCAUGACUCCAAUUUCACCAUCAAGAUUCCAGGUGAUUUGCAGCAAGCUGUCUUUACAGUGGCAGCUCAGUCCGAAGAUGAUUGGGAAACCUUGCUCCAGUUGUACACAGCUACCACCUAUGAUGCUGAGAAGCGAAAGAUGCUAAAAGGCCUGGCAUUCACUCAAGACCCACGUCGUAUUGCAUGGAUUCUCAAGGCAGGUCUGAAUGGGGAUAUCAUCCAGACACAGGAGCUUCCUCUGAUCAUCAACACCGUGUGUAAUGGUUUUGCUGGCUAUUUGUUUGCUUGGGAUUUUAUACAAGUAAACUGGGACCGCCUCAUAGAGAAGUUUCCUGUGGGCUCCUUUGCCAUCCAGACCAUCGUCAAAUCCACUACCUCCCAGUUCUCCACACAGGCACACCUUGAUCAGGUUCAGGCUUUCUUCUCUAGCCUGAAGCAGCGUGGCUCUCAGAUGAGGAGCGUGCAGGAGGCUCUGGAAACCAUCAGGCUGAACAAACGGUGGAUGGAGAGCAACUUGAAAGAUUUUGGAAAAUGGCAUUAGGAAGGUUAAUUUAACCGUAAUUCACCCUGUUAACAAACAGGUGUGGUGCACCUUCACGACAGCAGCAGUGUUUGCACUAUUUUUGGACUCUGUCCCUUAACUCCCAGUAUCCAGACCAGAGCACUAAUCAACGGCUCUUGCUGGAUGAAAAGUUUCUGAGAUGAGUCCUGUCAAUUUUACUUGAUAGCUCAGGGUGGUUCUGAUUGUCCGUCUGACUUAUUGUUGUGAGACUCAACUCACACGCCUUGUGUUUUAUGCUGUCAACCAAACUUCUGCAGUUCUCAUCUAAACCUUGUGCUUUAUUAGACAAUCGUGCUUCAAAUAAUGACACUAACCUCCUUUAGUCCCUGCUGCAUCUCAGGCUCCCAACCAUUUAAGCUAUAAAAUGUUAAAAUGUUCUCUCGAUAAAUACAAGUUAAAAUUAACGUUGACAUCACUGUGUCAGAACAGCCUGUUUGUGUAGGAAGACAAAGCCGUGUGAUGCUCCGCAGCAGUGAGGAACUGUGAGAUGCAGUUGCGUUAAAUAAAUCCUUAUCACUCCUGGAACUAAAGCAUUUUGCCAUGCUGAUCAUAAUCAGGUGAGAUGUUGAUAGCUUAAAAUGCCAAACUGCUUUGGCAUUAGUUAGUGAAUGUAGUAAGAAACCUUUCCACUGUGUGCAGAAAAAGAUGUACUGAAAACCAGUGCAGGUUUAGAUCACCCAAUGUGUCUUACAGCAGGUGAGAGCAGGCAGCCAACACUGGAGCCACUGGUCUCUUUAUUUAGUUUCUCCAACUUCAGCUCUGAUCCACAUGUUUUGCUCUACUUUUAUUGUCUCCGCUCUUUUUUUUGUUGUCCACUCCUGUGUAAAGUUGUAACUAUGAUGUAAAUAUGUUCAGCAAUGUGCUUUUGGAAAUACCAUUUUGGACAUGUUGACUUUUAAUAUUUUACGAUUUGAUUUCUGUUGUUUGUGUACAGUGUAAAGUCCAAAUUAUUUUGAGUCCAGGUCAAAGCUGUUUUGUUAUUUCCAUAAUUCCUUAUUUAGACAACCAAAAGGGGGUCAUUUGCUAAUGAAUGUCGUGUUACAAGGGCUACUGUGCAUAUUAGAGAUACAAGGCAUAUGUGUUUAUGUGUUUGUGCUUAUUAAUGAUUUGCUGUUUAUUAGUCUAAAAAACACAGAGGUUGCUGUGGUGUUAACCAGGCAUGUCAGUCCUCAGAAUUAGUUAUUUAUUCACAUGUGACAAAAUUUCUUUCUGAAAUGUUAUUUAAAGACAGAUUCACGUCCAGAGAGGUACUUUCUUUAGAUUCACUUUCUUGUUACCUUUAUCAACAUGUUGCUGUUGAAGCUUUUGUUUCACAUGUUGAAAACAGUGUGGUUACAUAAUACUGAGUGCCAGUUACACUCAAAGGCAUCUCAAGAGAUCUGUGAAAACGUUCCUCUUAAUGUUACCUUCAAAGACAACUUGACAAAAAUAUGUUCAAAAAGUAUGGAUUUGCUAAAGUGUUUUUUUUUUCUUUUUAUAUACAUUUUCCAAAUGUCUUUACAUUGAUCUGUAUUAAAUUUCCAUGCUUUACAUUUGACUUGCCAAAUCACACAUGUUGACAUGUUACUAGUGAGUAUUUUGGCUUCAGUUAAUGACUGAAUGCAUACUCAGUCAGAAAUCUACUGAAGACGUACUAUUUUACUCCCUGUUUGGUCUCUAGACAGCUUUAAAUUUAGAUUAAACUGGACCUGUGGUUCCUAAACUGGGUUUAAAAUAUUAAGUCUUAUAUAAAACGUAUAUUUUUUAGAAAUGUAUACAAAUAAAAUAAAGGCACCAAUCAUUCUAAACAACUUUUAAAAAUCUGCAAUUUGUUAAGGAUAUUAACUUAAUUGACAUGUCCAAAAAGUUUAGAUUUUAAAACAGAGCUGAAGUUAGUCUAGAUCCUUCAAGAGCAUUUGCCCAAUGCCAGACUCCAAACAUUAUCACACCUACACACAAUAAAACCUGACUAUUAUUCAAGCAGGUUCAAGUAGUUAUGUAGAAAUUUAUUUAAAAAUUUAGAAAUAAAUCUAGAAAUUUUAUUCUGGAAGUUAGGAAAUUUGUAAAAGGUAAUGGUUUGAUCCUGGAUAACAAUUUGCAAGUUUCCAAAUAAGAAAUUGAGACAAAAACGAAUUACUGAAUCAGACUAUAAAGGAUCUCAUCACAGUUUAAAUCUGUUUAAAGAUCAUCAAUAUUGCAGCCGGUCAUUUUGUCAUCCUCUCACUGUACUUUGUGAGAGAUUUGGUUUUUUUGUUUAUUUUGAUGGUAUUGAGUGUUCAGAUACUUUUCUGUGAUAUGCAGGACUUUAGGAGAGCACCGUGUUUGUAGUGCAACUGUCAGAUGGUCUGUUUUUGCACUGAGAUGGUGUCCUGUAGAUGCUGUGGAGAUUUAAUUGCUAGAUAUGGAUACAAAUUGUUGAACUAAGCAGUUUUGGGAAAAACAUUGCUUUUGUUUUUAAUAGAAUUGAAAGGGAACUCCAUCAUCAUCUAUCAGAGUUUCCUUCAUUGUUCAUCUGUUCUAUUUUUACUGAGUUUUUUUCUUCUUUCUUCCAAAAACUGACCGAAGUUCAAGUUUCUCUGCUUUGCAAGCCUUUUUGAUUAAACAAACUGUUCAUUGAUAAUAAUUUUUGACACUCCAAAUAAAGUUAAGCUGCAUCCAA